ACACAGCCGGCUAUAGAUAACGGGGUGAUGGAGUCCAACUGCCGCAAACUCGUCUCCGCCUGUGUCCAGCUAGAGAAAGAGAAGAGCCAGCAGGGCAAGAACGAGGAUGCGGGGCCCGAAGACCCCUCCAAAAAGAAGAGGCAGAGGCGGCAGAGGACUCACUUCACCAGCCAGCAGCUGCAGGAGCUGGAGGCCACCUUCCAAAGGAACCGGUACCCGGACAUGUCCACCCGGGAGGAGAUCGCCGUCUGGACCAACCUCACCGAAGCCAGGGUUAGGGUUUGGUUCAAGAACCGCCGAGCCAAAUGGAGAAAGAGAGAGAGGAACCAGCAAGCCGAGCUUUGCAAAAACGGCUUCGGCCCCCAGUUUAACGGCCUCAUGCAGCCCUACGAUGACAUGUACCCCGGCUACUCCUACAACAACUGGGCGGCCAAGGGCCUGACCUCCGCUUCCCUCUCCACCAAAAGCUUCCCUUUCUUCAACUCCAUGAACGUCAACCCCCUGUCUUCUCAGAGCAUGUUCUCCCCUCCCAACUCCAUCUCCUCCAUGAGUAUGUCUUCGAGCAUGGUCCCCUCCGCCGUCACCGGGGUCCCCGGCUCCAGCCUCAACAGCCUGAAUAACUUGAACAACUUGAGCAACCCUUCCCUGAAUUCUGCGGUGCCCACGCCGGCCUGUCCUUACGCCCCUCCGACACCUCCUUACGUUUAUAGGGACACGUGUAACUCCAGUUUGGCCAGUCUGAGACUUAAAGCCAAGCAGCACUCCAGUUUUGGCUACGCCAGCGUGCAGAACCCCGCUUCCAACCUGAGCGCUUGCCAGUACGCGGUGGACAGACCCGUGUGAGAAGACCCCCCCCCAGUAAGGAAACACUGCAUGGGAAGCCCUCCCCGUGGUCCCCGCAGAGACUUGAGAAUGACACUAGAAAGUAAUGGGCACUAGAGAGAAAGAGAGAGGAGGAAAAAUCAAGAGAGAGAGAGAGAAAGAGGAAAAGAGAAAGAGAGAGAGAGAGAGGAGGAAAAAAAAAAAAAAGAGGAAACCACUGAAAUAAGAUAGUUCCUUUGUUUUCAAAGGACCUCCUACAGAUUCGGAGAUCUUUCUUUCACUAAGAGUAUUUCAGCAGUUACAAGGACAUAUAUAUAUAUAUAUGGACAAAUGUUUGACUGGAUAUGAUAUGACAUUUUAAUGUUACUAUAAGCUUGUUAUUUUUUAAGUUUAGCAUUGUUUAACAUAAAAAUGACUGAAAGGAUGUAUAUAUAUUGAAAUGUCAAAUUAAUUUUAUAAAAGCAGUUGUUAGUAAUAUCACAACAGUGUUUUUAAAAAGGUUAGGCUUUAAAAUAAAGCAUGUUACACAGAAGCGAUUAGGAUUUUUUCGCUUGCGAGCAAGGGAAUGUAUAUACUAAAUGCGACACUGUAUGUUUCUAACAUAUAAUUAUUAAAAAAAAAAGACCCCAUUGUGUGAAUAUCAGUUUUAGAAUAGUACCUCUGGUGGAUGCAAUGAUGUUUCUGAUAUUGCAAUGUAAAACAUGCCCUGUGUAUAACAUUUCGUACAAUAUUAUUGUUUUACUUUUCAGCAAACAUGAAAACAAACAAAAAAAAAUGUGUUUUAUUUCAUGGGAGUAAAAUAUACAGCAUACAGUUU